AUGUUAGCCGAAUCCAGUGCUCCCGUAGAUGCAUGCCGCCAAGUUAAAUGCCCGAAAUGUGGGAAGAUUACCUGGGCGGGUUGCGGCCAACACGUCGAAGCGGUCAUGCAAACAGUCAAAGAAGAAGACAAAUGUACCUGCCCGCGAAACUGA